AUGAACGCUGUACUCUGCCUCACCACUCUUCUCGCCGUCAUCUGCCUCUCUGGGGCCAUGACUCCUGAGUACAAACAGAAAUUGAUAUCUUCUUUGACUGAUUGUAUGAAGAAGCAUGGUCUGGAAAAAGAGGAAGUUGUUGAAUUGAUGAAGACAGAUAAACUUCCAGAGGCUAAAGAAAAACAGUGUAUUGUUGGCUGUUUCAUGGAUAAAAUGGGAUUUGUUAAAGAUUUAACAUUGGAUUGGGCAACCUUUAAGAUAUCCAAUCCUGAGAAGUUUGAUUCACCUGAGGGAAUUGACAAGGCAAACCAAGUGGUCGAUAUUUGUGCUAAAACUGUGUCUGAAAAAGAGAAAGACCUCUGUCAACUGGGAGUAAAAACGAUAACCUGUCUUCAUGAGCAAGCACAGAAGGUUCAGUUACAGUUACCUGAUUUCUCAUUUGAAUAAAACUAUGAACAACGAUUGUAUACUUUAACAGUUAAAAGAUAAUAAACAGUUUU